UUUCAGUUAAUUCGUUUUUGAUUUAUGAUUAUAAACUAUACCAAAUCCUUAUUUCAAAGUAUUACUUCACUGAUAUAAAGGCCAUGAGGGUCAUUUGUGUUGUUGUUCUGCUAAUUGCAGCGGCACAAGGUGCUGUCCUGGACAUCAAUCGAUGUAAGCUGGAUGGCGAAAACGCAUGCAGAGAUUAUUCUACUGCGGCAAAAUGUCAAACAUCAAACUAUUGCAAAGCAGAAAUAUGGGGACGAGCUACCGACCCAUCUAAAACAUGUCAAAAAUGUUUGAAUGAUAUUAAAACCAUACAAACAUUUGUUGAUUCAAAAUCAACUCGGGAAUUUGUUCGAAACGACCUGAAUGCUUUGUGUGAUUUAUGUCCGUAUGAAACUGGUAGGACUGAGUGUAAAAGUCUUAUCAAGUCACACUUUGAUGAAAUUUAUCAAGACAUUGUCGAUAAACUGGAUCCAAAUACCAUCUGUAGGGCACUUCGAUUGUGCCAGCAGACGAUUGCCGGAUCGGAGAUGAGAGAAACACCAUCGGAAAUUAAAGUAGCGGCAGCAAAUAUUUUGAUGAAAAAGCUUGAAGAAGAACAUUAUGCCAAAGUAGCACCUUGGAUGCCUGGACCUGUCAUUUUUCUUUCAUUGGUUACAAAAUGCAAGGAUUACACAACUGCAAAAGCAUUUGGAGUAUUGGAAAAUUGCAAAGCUUUUUGGAGUGCCCCAACAAAAGAUGAUGAUAUAUGUGAAGAAUGCAAAAAGGAAAUUGCAAAGCUACAAAAUUGGGUGAAAAGUGAAAAAACUAAAGAUGAAAUUAAGAAAGAUAUUCUCAUGUUUUGUGACAAAAUUCCAUUCCAGGCUGUCAAAGACGAGUGCCAUACACUUAUUGCUGAAGGUUUCGACAUGAUUUAUGAUGACAUUAUUGCCAUGCUGGAUCCAGGGACGUUGUGCACUGGAAUGAAAUUCUGCAAUUCUAUCAAUGUUGAUGACAUGAGAAAAGCGACCUGUAAUUUGAAUGGCAACAAUGCAUGUCUCGAUUACACCACAGCAGCGAGCUGCAAAGCUACAAAUUAUUGUAAAGCAGAGAUCUGGAGUCGUCCAGUUCAGAAUACCAAGUUUUGUGAUAUGUGUUUGGAAGAUGUUGGCAAUUUACAAAAGUUUAUUGAUGCCAAUUCUACUCGGGAAUUUGUUCAGAAAGAUUUGUUAGCGCUUUGCAAGUUGUUGCCUUGGAAACAAUUCAGCUACAAGUGCCAAACAACAGUUAUUAAAAACUUUGAGGAAAUUUACGACGACAUUGUUAAAAUGCUGGAUCCAAAAGCUGUUUGCCGUGCCCUCUUUAUUUGUCAAUCUAAAAUUGAGGGAAAUGCAUUACCUGAUCUAUCUUUGACAAGAAUUGAUGAAAAAAUUCCAAAAUCAGUUCCUGAAGACACACUUUGCACUAUUGAUUCUCAAAACGCCUGUCGGGAUAUUUCUACCGCAAAGAAGUGCAAUGCCUUAUCUGCUUGUGGGCCAGUAUGGUCAGGACCAACCAAGGAUAAUGUGUAUUGUGAUAUGUGUAAAAUUGAAAUCGGAAAAUUACAAGACUGGAUGAAGAAACAGACUUCAAAAGCUUUGGUCAAGAAAGAUUUGGAAGAAUUUUGCACGGAAAUACCUCUAUCUGCAUUUGAAGACGCGUGCACCCAAUUAGUUGAUGAAGAUUUCGAUACCAUCUAUGAUCAAAUACUUACAGCAUUGGACCCCAGUGCAGUAUGCACUGCCAUUAAGUUAUGUACGUUAGUCGACAUAGAAGAACAUCUGACAGGAAUGAUGGAUAAACUACCAGAGAUGCUUCAGGAAGCACUGACUGACAACAAAUUUCCAAUAGCAGCGCCGUUUAAACCGGUCAAUUCAGAUUCGUGCAUGGAUUGUGAAGCGUUUAUAAAAGACUUUCAAAACGUUGCACUCAACAAUAAGAAAAUUGUGAAUGACUGGAUGACAAUGUUGAAGACUGAAUGCAAAACUCUUGGUGCUGGAAUUGGUGAACUGUGCGAGCAGAAUGUUGAUAUGGUCAUUUAUAAUGUAAUGAUGAAACACAAAAACAAUGCUGAUGAUCCAAUGUCUGUCUGCAAAACGAUAAUGAUGUGUGAUCAAUUCAACCAGAAGAGAGUCGGAGAUAUGUGCACGGAUUGCAAAACGUUUUUCAAAGAUUGGCAAGACAUGUUGAAAUCAAACAGUAGUGCUGUCGAUCAAGUUGUUGAUGCUCUCGCAAAAUUUUAUUGCUUGCAAAAACCAGAGGAAUUACGUGAUCAGUGUGCUCGAUAUGUUGCGAUGGUGAUCAGAGUAUUCAUUGAACGAAUCAAAGAUGAAGAUGUGGGAAAAAUAUGCACGGAAAUCGAGUUUUGUGAUCCCAAGAAGGAAAUUCCUGCUCAGAAACCAGAUCUGAAGAAGUUAGCAAAGAAAAUUUCUAAAAUUGUUCUUCAAUCAAUGCCCAAGCGUGAACAUCAAGUUGGAAGUGAUAUGUGUAUGGACUGCAAAAACUUCAUCACAGAUCUUCAAGGAGUCAUCAUGAACAAUAAAUCACUUGUGCAAGAACUUGUGGAUUUGGUAAAACAAGAAUGCGAAUCACUUGGACCUGAAUUGGGUGAUAUUUGCAAAGAGCUGGUUCAUAAGAACUAUGAAGAAAUCUUGAAAAUUAUUAAUUCUAUAGAUCCCGACACAAUCUGCAAUGCUAUUAUGAUGUGUGGGGAAUUUGUAAAGCCAAAACUUACUGGAGAUCUGUGUACUGAUUGUCAAGCAUUUUUCAGUGAUUGGCAAAAUAUCAUCACAAAUAAUCAGUCUAUAAUUAAUGAACUGAACAACUUGAUAGCCGAUCAAUGCUCCCAGCUUGGACCCGAGUUUUCAAAACUGUGCGAUACAGUGGUGAAAGAAUAUCUGCCUCAGUUAUGGGAUUUAAUUUCCAGUACGGAUCCAGAAGAAAUCUGCUCUGCAGCUUUAUUCUGUGAAUCGGUCAAGGGUAAAGAGGUAUCAAGUCCGCCUGCAGUAAAGGAACAUAAGAAGGUUUCUGGAAAAAGUUUGAGGAAAUUUGCCAAGAGAAUCACAAAAGUUAUUAUGCAAUCCAUGCCUGAACGUGAACCUCAGGUUGGAAGUGAUAUGUGUAUGGACUGCAAAAACUUCAUCACAGAUCUUCAAGGAGUCAUUAUGAACAACAAAUCUCUUGUUCAAGAACUUGUCGACUUGGUGAAACAAGAAUGCGAACAACUUGGUCCUGAAUUGGGAGAUGUUUGCAAAGCUCUGGUUGAAUCUAAUUAUGAUCAAGUGCUAAAAGCAUUUAGCGCUCUUGAUGCUGACACAAUCUGCAUGGCUAUUAUGAUGUGCGGAGAAAAAACAAAGCCUGCAGUUGGUGGGGAUCUGUGCACGGAUUGUCAAGCUUUCUUUAGCGAUUGGCAAAAUAUCAUUAUUAACAACCAGUCUUUCAUUGACGAUAAUCUACCGAAAUUAAAGAAGACAAUUUGUGAAAAUGUUUCUUUCCUGUUACGUGAAGAGUGUGACCAUGUUUUUGAUGAAGUUGCAAAAGAAUUGAUUGAAGACAUUAAAAAGAAUGACCCAGAAGAAAUCUGCUCAGCUGUGGACUUCUGUGAAUCAGAAGAAGUUUCAACCAUACCUGCUAUACAAAUUCAACCUGCUCUGAAGAUCGAAGAAAAGAUUAAAGGAGAUGACUAUUGUAUGGAUUGCACGAAUUUCAUAGGAGAUUUACAAAAUGCCCUCAUGAAUGAUAAGACUCUUGUGCAAAAACUUGUGGAUCUUGUCAAGCAACAGUGUGACCAACUUGGAUCAGAAUUAGCAUUAGUAUGUAAAGGUCUUGUUGAAGACAAAUACGAGGACAUUAUAAAAGCAUUCGAAUCUUAUGAUGUUGACACAAUUUGUGAGGCCAUCAUGAUGUGCAGUCAACAAACUAAACAAAGUUUGAGAGGAGAUAUGUGCAUGGAUUGUCAAAAAUUUGCUGCAGAUUGGCAAAACAUCAUUGCCAACAAUAAGACUAUUAUUGAUACUCUGCUACCAACUGUGAAACAAGCCAUAUGCAAUGAGGUACCAUCUUUUUUGAAAGGAGAGUGUGAUAAAGUGUUUGAUGAAGUAUCAAAAGAAAUAAUCGACGCUAUCCAAAAUAAUUGCAGUACGUUGAUAAAGGAAUAUCUUCCACUAUUGUGGAGUACAAUUUCUAACAACGACCCAGAGGUGAUCUGUGACACGUUGUACCUUUGCGAUUCUGUUCAGGCUCAACCUGCCAUCGAAAAGAAAAUAGAGGUUGCUGGAGAUGUCGAAUGCCAAACAUGCAAAUUCUUAGUUGAAGAAGUUGAAAAAAUGGUUCAAGAAGAUAAAACUGAGGCCGCAAUAGAAUCCGCUCUGAUGGAAAUAUGUAAUUUAUAUGGUGAAGACAUCAAGCAAGAUUGCAUGGAGUUUAUGCAAGUCCAUGGUGCCAGUAUCAUUGAUUUUAUUUUGGCUGAAAUGAAUUCACUUGAAAUUUGUGCCAAACUUGGACUGUGUAAAGAAGCAAUAAGAUUUAGGUUGCCUGAGAAAGAACCCGAAAAAGAAAAUGUAAAAGAUAACACUGAGUGUGAAGUAUGUACAUUGGCCAUGACAGAACUAUUCAACGUACUUGAAGAAAAUUCUACAGUGGAACAAAUUGAAACGGAAUUGGAAAAAAUUUGUUCUGAUCUACCAGAAUCCUAUCAAUCUGAAUGUAAAAUGAUUAUCGAACAAUACACACCUGAAUUAAUAGAAUACAUCUCACAAAAAUUAACACCCAAAGAAAUAUGCGAGGCUAUUAAACUUUGUACUUCUUCUGUGAAAAAGGAAAAUGUGAAAGAUAACACGGAGUGUGAAGUAUGUACAUUAGCUCUGACAGAACUAUUCAAUGUGCUUGAAGAAAAUGCUACUGUGGAAGAAAUUGAAAAAGAAUUGGAAAAAAUUUGUGCUGAUCUACCAGAAUCCUAUCAAUCCGAAUGUAAAAUGAUUAUCGAACAAUACACACCUGAAUUAAUAGAAUACAUCUCACAAAAAUUAACACCUGAGCAAAUAUGCGAGGCUAUCAAACUCUGUACAUCUACUGUGAUAAAGGAAAAUGUAAAAGAUAACACUGAGUGUGAAGUAUGUACAUUGGCUCUAACAGAAGUAUUCAACGUACUUGAAGAAAAUGCUACUGUGGAAGAAGUUGAAAAAGAAUUGGAAAAAAUUUGUGCUGAUCUACCUGAAUCCUAUCAAUCCGAAUGUAAAAUGAUUAUCGAACAAUACACACCUGAAUUAAUAGAAUACAUCUCACAAAAAUUAACACCUGAGCAAAUAUGCGAGGCAAUUAAACUUUGUACUUCUUCUGUGAAAAAGGAAAGUGUGAAAGAUAACACUGAGUGUGAAGUAUGUACAUUGGCUCUAACAGAAGUAUUCAACAAGCUUGAAGACAAUGCUACUGCGGAAGAAAUUGAAAAAGAAUUGGAAAAAUUAUGUUCUGAUCUACCAGAUUCCUAUCAAUCCGAAUGUAAAAUGAUUAUCGAACAAUACACACCUCAAAUAAUAGAAUACAUCUCACAAAAAUUAACACCUAAGGAAAUAUGCGAGGCUAUCAAACUUUGUACUUCUUCUGUGAAAAAGGAAAAUGUAAAAGAUAACACUGGGUGUGAAAUAUGUACAUUAGCUCUAACUGAACUAUUCAACAAGCUUGAAGACAAUGCUACAGAGGAAGAAAUUGAAAAAGAAUUGGAAAAAAUUUGUUCGGAUCUACCUGAAUCCUAUCAAUCCGAAUGUAAAAUGAUUAUCGAACAAUACACACCGGAGUUAAUAGAAUUGAUCACACAAAAAUUAACACCCAAGGAAAUAUGCGAGGCUAUCAAACUUUGUACUUCUUAUGUGAAAAAGGAAAAUGUAAAAUAUAACACUGGGUGUGAAAUAUGUACAUUAGCUCUAACUGAACUAUUCAACAAGCUUGAAGACAAUGCUACAGAGGAAGAAAUUGAAAAAGAAUUGGAAAAAAUUUGUUCGGAUCUACCUGAAUCCUAUCAAUCCGAAUGUAAAAUGAUUAUUGAACAAUAUACUCCUGAAUUAAUAGAAUUAAUCACACAAAAAUUAACACCCAAGGAAAUAUGCGAGGCUAUCAAACUUUGUACUUCUGUGAAAAAGGUCGAAUCAGGAAUUACUUGUUUACUUUGUACAGAUGUUGUUGGAUAUUUGGUCAAAAACAUUCCAGUCAAUCAGACAGAGGAGAGUAUACUUAAAGAACUCAGAGUAGCUUGCUCGUAUUUAAAAAAGUACGAAGACAAAUGCGAUGAAUUUGUUAAUGAUUACGGCAAAGAAAUUGUUGAUUUAAUCCUGAAAGAAGUUACGGAUCCUAAGAAAAUAUGUUUUCUAAUCGGGCUGUGUGGUCUUCCAGUAGAGGAGGUUCAAAAACAAAUUGAGGAAAACUUGAAGUCAGAUACAGGAUGUGAACUAUGUGAAGUUGUCGUCAAACAGCUUGACAGUUAUCUUACAGAAGAUGCAACACAGGCAAAAUUCAUUGAAGUAUUUGAAAAAGUUUGUGCCGAUCUACCAGAAUCAGACAGAGCACAAUGUAAAAACUUUGUGCAAACUUAUACACCUACACUUCUGGAUUUGCUUGUACAAGAACUAGCUCCAAAUGAGAUCUGUGCUCUUAUUAAACUUUGCAAUAGUGAGACUACAGUAGCGAAGAUUGCACACCAAAAUGUCAAAGGUGAAGUAGAAUGCGAAGUCUGCACUCUUGUCAUUUCGGAAGCUCAAAAGAUGCUUGAAGAUGAUGCAACUGAGGCCGAAAUUGUAAACGAAUUGAACAAGGCAUGUCAAAUACUUCCUGAAAAAGACAGGGAUGAAUGUGCAAGUUUUGUUGAUGCAUACGCAAAAGAAAUACUUGAUCUUCUUGCUCAAAAAUUGGAUGCUAAAACUAUAUGCACUGAAAUUAAACUUUGUGCUGCCUCAAUGAAAAAGACUGAGCGAGAGAAUGUCAAAGGUGAAGUUGAAUGUGAAUUAUGCACUGUCGUCAUAUCUGAAGCUCAGAAACUUCUUGAAGAUGAUGCAACCGAGCAAGAAAUUCUUGACGCAAUCGGCAAAGUUUGUCCGAUGCUGGAAAAAUAUGAAGACGAAUGUAAUACUAUUGUGCAUGAAUACGGACCUACCCUUCUGAAAUUGUUAGCAAAAGAAUUGAGCCCAGCUGAAAUAUGCACAGAAGUAAAGUUAUGCGUUUCCAAGACGAUUAAGGUAUCGGUGACAUCUGCGGCUGAAUGUGAAGUUUGCACAUUGAUUGCCACUGAAUUAGACAAAGUAUUAUCAGAAGAAUCUACUCAGGCGGAAAUUGAAGCAGCAUUGAAAGAAGUUUGUGAUGUUUUACCUGAUUCUGUCAAAGACACUUGUAAUGGACUCGUAACACAAUAUGGCACAGAAAUUGUCAAUCUUCUUGUUGAAGAAUUUAAACCUGAUAUGAUCUGUGUUCAAUUGGACUUAUGUCAAUCGAUGAAAGAAAAUUUGAAGGUGGAAUCCAUAACAUCUUCUGCUGAAUGUGAAGUUUGUACAUUGAUUGCCACUGAAUUAGACAAAGUAUUAUCAGAAGAAUCUACUCAGGAGGAAAUUGAAGCUGCAUUAAAAGAAGUUUGUGAUGUUUUACCUGAUUCUGUCAAAGACACUUGUAAUGGACUCGUAACACAAUAUGGAACAGAAAUUGUCAAUCUUCUUGUUGAAGAAUUUAAACCUGAUAUGAUCUGUGUUCAAUUAGACUUAUGUCAAUCGACGAAAGAAAUUUUGAAAGUGGAAUCCAUAACAUCUUCUGCUGAAUGUGAAGUUUGUACAUUGAUUGCCACUGAAUUAGACAAAGUAUUAUCAGAAGAAUCUACUCAGGAGGAAAUUGAAGCUGCAUUAAAAGAAGUUUGUGAUGUUUUACCUGAUUCUGUCAAAGACACUUGUAAUGGACUCGUAACACAAUAUGGAACAGAAAUUGUCAAUCUUCUUGUUGAAGAAUUUAAACCUGAUAUGAUCUGUGUUCAAUUGGACUUAUGUCAAUCGACGAAAGAAAUUUUGAAAGUGGAAUCCAUAACAUCUUCUGCUGAAUGUGAAGUUUGUACAUUGAUUGCCACUGAAUUAGACAAAGUAUUAUCAGAAGAAUCUACUCAGGAAGAAAUUGAAGCUGCAUUAAAAGAAGUUUGUGAUGUUUUACCUGAUUCUGUCAAAGACACUUGUAAUGGACUCGUAACACAAUAUGGAACAGAAAUUGUCAAUCUUCUAGUUGAAGAAUUCAAACCUGAUAUGAUCUGUGUUCAAUUGGACUUAUGUCAAUCGACGAAAAAAAUUUUGAAGGUGGAAUCCAUAACAUCUUCUGCUGAAUGUGAAGUUUGUACAUUGAUUGCAACUGAAUUAGACAAAGUAUUAUCAGAAGAAUCUACUCAGGAAGAAAUUGAAGCAGCAUUAAAAGAAGUUUGUGAUGUUUUACCUGAUUCUGUCAAAGACACUUGUAAUGGACUCGUAACACAAUAUGGAACAGAAAUUGUCAAUCUUCUUGUUGAAGAAUUUAAACCUGAUAUGAUCUGUGUUCAAUUGGACUUAUGUCAAUCGACGAAAGAAAUUUUGAAAGUGGAAUCCAUAACAUCUUCUGCUGAAUGUGAAGUUUGUACAUUGAUUGCUACUGAAUUAGACAAUGUAUUAUCAGAAGAAUCUACUCAGGAACAAAUUGAAGCAGCAUUAAAAGAAGUUUGUGAUGUUUUACCUGAUUCUGUCAAAGACACUUGUAAUGGACUCGUAACACAAUAUGGAACAGAAAUUGUCAAUCUUCUUGUUGAAGAAUUUAAACCUGAUAUGAUCUGUGUUCAAUUGGACUUAUGUCAAUCGACGAAAGAAAUUUUGAAAGUGGAAUCCAUAACAUCUUCUGCUGAAUGUGAAGUUUGUACAUUGAUUGCCACUGAAUUAGACAAAGUAUUAUCAGAAGAAUCUACUCAGGAGGAAAUUGAAGCUGCAUUAAAAGAAGUUUGUGAUGUUUUACCUGAUUCUGUCAAAGACACUUGUAAUGGACUCGUAACACAAUAUGGAACAGAAAUUGUCAAUCUUCUUGUUGAAGAAUUUAAACCUGAUAUGAUCUGUGUUCAAUUGGACUUAUGUCAAUCGACGAAAGAAAUUUUGAAAGUGGAAUCCAUAACAUCUUCUGCUGAAUGUGAAGUUUGUACAUUGAUUGCCACUGAAUUAGACAAAGUAUUAUCAGAAGAAUCUACUCAGGAAGAAAUUGAAGCUGCAUUAAAAGAAGUUUGUGAUGUUUUACCUGAUUCUGUCAAAGACACUUGUAAUGGACUCGUAACACAAUAUGGAACAGAAAUUGUCAAUCUUCUAGUUGAAGAAUUCAAACCUGAUAUGAUCUGUGUUCAAUUGGACUUAUGUCAAUCGACGAAAAAAAUUUUGAAGGUGGAAUCCAUAACAUCUUCUGCUGAAUGUGAAGUUUGUACAUUGAUUGCAACUGAAUUAGACAAAGUAUUAUCAGAAGAAUCUACUCAGGAGGAAAUUGAAGCUGCAUUGAAAGAAGUUUGCAAUGUUUUACCUGAUUCUGUCAAAGACACUUGUAAUGGACUCGUAACACAAUAUGGAACAGAAAUUGUCAAUCUUCUUGUUGAAGAAUUUAAACCUGAUAUGAUCUGUGUUCAAUUGGACUUAUGUCAAUCGACGAAAGAAAUUUUAAAGGUGGAAUCCAUAACAUCUUCUGCUGAAUGUGAAGUUUGUACAUUGAUUGCAACUGAAUUAGACAAAGUAUUAUCAGAAGAAUCUACUCAGGAGGAAAUUGAAGCUGCAUUGAAAGAAGUUUGCAAUGUUUUACCUGAUUCUGUCAAAGACACUUGUAAUGGACUCGUAACACAAUAUGGAACAGAAAUUGUCAAUCUUCUUGUUGAAGAAUUUAAACCUGAUAUGAUCUGUGUUCAAUUGGACUUAUGUCAAUCGACGAAAGAAAUUUUAAAGGUGGAAUCCAUAACAUCUUCUGCUGAAUGUGAAGUUUGUACAUUGAUUGCCACUGAAUUAGACAAUGUAUUAUCAGAAAAAUCUACUCAGGAUGAAAUUGAAGCAGCAUUAAAAGAAGUUUGUGAUGUUUUACCUGAUUCUGUCAAAGACACUUGUAAUGGACUCGUAACACAAUAUGGAACAGAAAUAGUCAAUCUUCUUGUUGAAGAAUUCAAACCUGAUAAGAUCUGUGUUCAGUUGAACUUAUGUAAAUCGAUGGAAGAAAACUUAAAGAAAACCGAUGUUACAGACAAUACAGUUUGCGAUGUUUGUAAUAUGAUUGCAAAUUAUAUUGAUAGUCAAUUGAAUGUAUCAUCUACACAGGAUGAGAUCAAAAAAGUACUCAAUGAGGUUUGUGGAUUCAUUCCAUCUGAAUUCAAAGAUACUUGCACUGGACUUGUCAACCAGAAUUUCGACCAAAUUAUCAAAUUUUUGCUCCAAGAAUUCAGACCAGAUGUAAUCUGUGUACAACUAGAACUUUGUCAGUCAUCAACUAGCUUCAAGAAGGGACCUACUAUUGAAACCUGUGAAGUGUGCAGAUUAAUUGCUAAAGAACUUGGAAAUAUGUUGGGAAAUACUUCUACUCAGGACGAAAUUGAGGAUGCAUUGAAGAGUGUUUGUAAAAGAUUGGGACCUGAUUUUGAAGGAACUUGUGAUAAUGCUGUAUCCACAUUCUAUCCACAAUUCAUGAAAGUUCUUCUCAAGGAAUUAAAUCCUGAUGUUCUUUGCACGGAUUUGAAAUUAUGUAUAAAAGAAGUGCAAAAGAAAUUGAUUGCAAAAUCUGGUGAUGACGAGGCAUCUUGCGUUUUCUGUGAAUUUUUCGCCAAACAACUUGACAAUGUCCUGAAGGAAGAUGCAACCAAGGAGGAGAUCAAAGCUGCUUUAAGUGAAGCAUGUGCUAUCAUACCUGAUAAGUAUAAAAGCCAAUGCAAUAUUUUUGUGGAACAAUUCGGAGAUUCAGUCUAUGCUAUCUUGGUUGAAGAAAUGAAUCCGGGCAAAAUCUGCCCUGAUCUCGGUAUCUGUCCAAAGACCUUCAAGAAUGAAAAGAUUUCACCUGAAGUGACUUGCGACGUUUGUAAAUUUCUUGUGGUUGAAAUCGAACAACUUUUGACAAAGAAUCAAACUGAGGAAGAGGUAGUCGGAGCCAUGUUGGAGAUUUGUGCAAUUUUACCUGAUGCACAAAAAGAAGAAUGUACAAACUUGAUCACAAACUAUGGAGCAACCCUCUACAAACUUCUCUUAACUAUCCUUGGUAAAGAUGUCUGUCCUAUGAUCGGAGUCUGUAAUAAGUCGAUGGAAUUUAUGAGCGAUAAAAAAAUGAGGUUAAAUGAAGAGAAAUUGUCCGAAUGUACAAUUUGUGAAGUUGUAAUGGAUGGAUUGAAAAGAAUUUUAAGUGAAAAACCAACUGAGCAAGAAAUUUUGAAUGCAGUCAACAAAGUUUGUGAUAUAGUUCCAGAAAAAUACAGGAGCGUUUGUCAUCAAUAUAUCAAUGAUUAUGCUCCAGGUGUAAUCAACAUUAUUAUAGAUGAUUUUUCACCUGACCAAGUCUGUGCCAAACUUCAUGCAUGCUCCACUAUCAACAAAACACCAGUGAAGCUUCAUUUCCGAUCAGACAAGGAAUGUACAAUUUGUAAGACAGUGAUCAAAGAAGUCGAUAAUUUACUCGAUCAAAAUAUUACGAGACAAGAAAUUGAGAAAGCUCUUGAUAAAGUUUGCACUGAGCUGCCAUCUAUGGCUGAUGAGUGUGAAGCUCUGAUCAAUCAAUAUGCUCCUAUCAUAUUCAAGUACAUGGAUAACAUCUUGGAUCCAAGCUUCAUAUGUCAGAAAAUGAAGUUAUGCCCAACUGAAAAGAUACUACUGGGUGCAGAUCCUUGUACAUAUGGACCAUCAUAUUGGUGCAUAAACCUUGACACUGCAAAACAGUGUAACGCUGUUCAACAUUGCCUGAAUCACUUGUGGGAAUGAUGAAGCGAAUGAUGACAUCUAUCUAAUGAUCAAUUAAACUAUGCUAGAUUUUUUUCUUAUCUUCUUAUAUAUGUUAAUUAUCUGAUCAGUGCACUCUUUAUCAGUUCACAUAUAUAUUGAUCAAUUUUGUUUCUUAUAAGUAACUGUUUUUUGUUUAUUCAUAAGGGAAGUUAAGAUAUGUGAUACGGGUACGAUAUCUCUUUUCUCACCAUAGUGAUGGUUAACUAUGAAACCUCUAUUAUAUUACUAAUUAGGUUUAUGCACGUUCCACCCUGGGCAACCUGCACUCAAAAUUGACAUAAAAUUCAAAAUUUCAACUGCACUAUGAAUAUUUCCCAAACCCCCUCCAGCGUUUUUAUUUGAAAUGUUAUUUGAAUACAAGUCAAGUUUAUUGUUCCUAACAGAAAAUUUGGCUUCGAAACAAAUAUCAAGUGAUGUAUAGUGAAAAAUUUGUCACCUAACAUUGAAAAGUUCGAGAUAUUUGUGCAAUUUCUACUCUUUUUUUUUGUUUACUUUGCUUAUUUUUCUUAUUUGUUUUGCAUAGUCUUAGUCGAAUGCUAUAGGUAUAAGUAUAUGUGAAACAUUGGCUGUCUCGUCAGUUUUUACAUUCAUUCAGCGAACCAAAAUUUGACCAAAUUAAUGGAGUGCAACUUCUAUGGCGUGUGAACAGUGAAUUCUUCAUGGCGUUAUUUCCUAUUUUUGAUUACUUUUUCUUUUACUGUAAUUAUCAAUUGAAUGAGGAUUUGCUCUAAUGUUGAAGUAAUGAAGUUGUAAAUUAUUAUCUUUAUAAGUUGAGAAAUGAAUAAGAGAAUGAAAAUGUGA